GCACGGUUUUCCGCAGGGUGUCGAUGCUUCACCUACGAGUGGAGCCCGGCACUCCGAGGCAUCUGUGGGCCCGUGCUAACCCACGUGACGCGGAAGACACCAAGAGGUGCAAGACUUCGCGCGUGCCGAUGGUAAGGCCGCGCGCGGUUACGUUGAGCCUGUCGGGUUCGGAGCGGAAAGGUAACAACAACAGCAUCUGUGAUGCACAGGCGUGGAGCGAUUUCAUUUCGGCAUCCACUUCAACGAUGACGUCAGCCGGGUCUAAUGGCCCCCGAAUCUCAAGAGGGUUGGGUUCAGUGACCACUUCAACCGGUCGGACGAGAAUGCCGCUGGUUGGGAUCCCGUGGCCAGCAUCGCUGCAAGUUUUGCAGACUGGUUGCAUGCGCAAUGAACCGAUUGAUGAAGUACCGCUGCCCAGGUCCCUGAAACAGCUCACUGCUGUCAAAGGCUUCAACCGGUCUAUUGACCAGGUCGAAUGGCCAAGGUCGUUGGAGUCGUCGCGGUCUUCGACCUUGGGGCUACGCUUUCACCGCCGCAUCGAUCAGGUAGUCUGGCCGCGGUCGUUCCAGCAGCUGACCUUCCACUACAACUUCCAGCACGUUGCUGGUGAGAUAACGUGGCCGUCCUCGUUGCUCGAGAUGUUCCUCUGGGACAAUUUUCGGCGGGCUGUGGAUAACGUGCUGUUCCCAGUGGCGCUGCAAAGGCUGAAAUUCGGGUGGAACUACAACAGCGCCGUUGACGCGGUAGCUUGGCCGGCAUCGCUACUCGAGCUGAACUUUGGUGUUUUGUUCAAUCAGCCCAUCGACAACGUUGCGUGGCCGGCGACCCUGCGGACUCUAAUUCUAGGGCGGGACUUCAACCAGCCCAUUCGUAAGGCCGCGUGGUCGGCGUCCUUGCUCCAGCUGUCCUUCGGGCAGGCAACCAACCGGUGGACGACGUUUCUUGGCCACCGUCCCUGCAAGAGCUUCGUUUCGGGUGCGGCCUUGCUUCUCGUGGGGACCAAAAGCACGUGGGGACCUUGACCACCUACGCAAGGAUGGGCGACGGCUCCGACUUCAACCAGCCGAUAUAUAAAACCGCGUGGCCUUCGUCGCUCCAGCGGAUCACCUUCGGGCCGUGUUUCAACCAACCGCUAGACGGCGUCUCCUGGCCGGCUUCGCUUCGGCAGCUGGCCUCUAGCCGGGACUUCUGCCCGCCCGGCGAGGGGUUCGAGUGGCCGGCGUCCCUGGAGCGGGUGACGGUCGCUUGCCCGCCUGAUCGCGCGCUGCCGUCGUGGCACGGGGUGCAAGUCUUCGGGGUGUGGAGUGCGUGGUGGAGUUGUCAGGUAAUAGCAGGGCGUUCUUGGUGAAUCGGCCGAGGGGUGCGUUGUAAGUGCUCGGAUGUGGAGCGGCUGGUAGGAAACUUAUCGGCUUGUUAAGUAGCAGGACUUGCUUGAUGUAGAGUAGGUGUGCCAGUCUUCCAGGUUGUCGAGUGUCUGAUGGUGGGACAGGUGUCCGCCAAUAGCGGACGUGCUCGGUGAAUCGGCCGAGAGGGGCGCGAGUGUUUCGAGGAUGAUGUGGAUCGGCUGGUUUUUGGCAGAGUUAUCGGCUUCGAAUUGGAAGGGCUUGCUUGAUGUAGGUGUGCCAGUCUUCGCGAUGUGGAGUGCCUGAUGGUAGGGAACUUGUCGGCUUGUUUAAUGGCAGGGCUUGAGCUUGGUGCAUUGGUCGAGGGGUAUGAAAGUUUUCGGAAUGGGGAGCGGCUGGUGGUGGGAGAGUUGUCGGCUUGUGAAACAGCAGGCCUUUUUCUUGGUGUUUUGGUCGAGGGGAAGACUGGGUAGGUGAAGACCGGGCUCCCAAUAGCAGAGAGACCAACAGCGUGACGAUGCGCUUGAGUACGUAAAGUUGUGGGUUUCUAUAUAAUCUCUAGCUGUAACAUCUUGCGUGCAGGGAGCGCAGUUAGGUAGGUGCUGAUGUUGAUGUUCAAGCUAUCUCAGAGAUGGGUCAACAUUUUAGUUUUGGUUGACGGCCAGCAAGUGACUUCGUCCCGUCACACAUGACGUACAUUUGGGAGCAAACAAGAAAUUUGGUCUUUCACGGA